ACUUCCCAGCAACCAUCCUCUACCUGCCCAAACACAGAGCAAAGCCUUUAGUACUACAACAAGCUUCUGGUACUUCUUCUCAGUUGGGUAUUUACAUCAACCAUGGCCAUGCAGUCCUUCCUUGCAAGCUCAAUGACCCUUGUCUCAGGUAGCACUAGGGUUUCCCAGUUUGUUCCUUCCAUCUAUGUACCGAGCUUGCAGAGGAAUGCCAACUUCCGAGUCCGUUCCAUGGCUGAGGAAGGUGAAAAGGAAGUAUCAACUCCUGUUAGAUCAAAGGUCAGCACAAAAUUUUCGGAUGUGUUAGCAUUCAGUGGUCCAGCACCAGAGAGGAUCAACGGCAGAUUGGCGAUGAUCGGCUUUGUUGCAGCGAUCGGGGUAGAAUUGGCCAAUGGUCAGGAUGUGUUCACCCAGUUAUCGGACGGUGGGAUACCAUGGUUCCUUGGCACCAGCAUUGUGCUGUCACUGGCAUCUUUGAUCCCUCUGUUCAAAGGGGUCACUGUGCAAUCUAAAUCAGAGGGGCUAAUGACUUCAGAUGCAGAGCUGUGGAAUGGGAGAUUUGCUAUGUUGGGUUUGGUUGCUUUGGUUUUUACUGAGUAUUUGAAAGGGGGUGCUCUUGUGUAAGGGCUUAAAAUAUUGGGGGUCAUAUGUUAAAUGUAUGGGAAUGCUAUUAUAUGUUUUCAUCCUUAAAUGGAGAGAUUUGUCAAAUUGAAAAAUAAUGCCCUUCUUUUUCCUGCA